AGCUCUUCAAGCUCUAUUCAAACAGUAAACGUCAACAUGUCUGGUCGCGGGAAAACCACCGGUAAAGCCAGAGCCAAGGCGAAGACCCGCUCCUCUCGUGCCGGCCUUCAGUUCCCAGUCGGCCGUGUUCACAGGCUGCUGCGCAAAGGAAACUAUGCGGAGCGUGUCGGUGCCGGAGCCCCCGUGUACCUGGCGGCGGUGCUGGAGUAUCUGACGGCUGAGAUCCUGGAGCUGGCUGGAAACGCCGCCCGCGACAACAAGAAGACCAGGAUCAUCCCCCGUCACCUGCAGCUGGCUGUCCGCAACGACGAGGAGCUCAACAAGCUGCUGGGCAAAGUCACCAUCGCUCAGGGCGGCGUGCUGCCCAACAUCCAGGCUGUGCUGCUGCCCAAGAAGACCGAGAAGGCUGCCAAGGCCAAGUAAAGCCCCGCGCUGAUUUAAUCACUCCCAACGGCUCUUUUAAGAGCCACCCACUUAUCUUUUUAUUGAGCCAAGUCCUGAAAGAUUUUCAGUGUCUCGUAAUUAUAUAAAACAAACAUCAAGCUAUAUAGUAUUGGAAGAAAUGCAGCACACAGUGCUUUAUAAUAACUACACUAAGAUAAUUUAUAACAUCAAGUUAGACACAACAGGUUAAAAGAACUGCAGCACUGUUAAAUGUAAAGAGAAAGGUGUGUUGUUUUGUCUGUAAGUGUCUGACAGCAAAGAUCCCUACAGAGACAGAUCUUUAUGUUAAAGAGUAAGAUCAUUUUUGUUUAACUAGAAAUAACCCCCCAAAAUC